UCCUGCUGUCACAGCAGACACAAUGACUGACUCGCGGCCUGGGAUCCGAAUAAUAAGAUGGUUGAAGAUAAUUGUCAGCGUUGUCUUUGCCACGGUCUUCCUGCUGUUCACUAUUGCGUCUAUACGGACUCUUUCGCUGGACGUAAACAUCGGGCUUCAACUUGCGCGCUGGGAAAAGACCAACAACCUCUCGCUGGUUCUAGACGGAGCUCAGAGAGAGGCGCUCGUAGCGCGUUUUAAAGACGCCAUCCGGGUCCCCACGGUGUCGUUCUCCGAGACGCACAGCAACACCAGCGCGCUGCUCGACUUCGACACGCUGCUGCGCAGAGCCUUCCCAACUGUUUUCUCUUCGAGCCUGGUUCAGCACGAGCUGGUGGCCAACUACAGCCACCUGUUCUGGGUCAGAGGGUCGCAGCCGGACCUCGAGCCGUACUUGCUGCUGGCCCACAUGGACGUGGUGCCGGCGUCUGAGGCCGACGGCUGGGACGCUCCCCCGUUUUCUGCCCAGGAGAUAGAUGGCUUCAUCUACGGCAGAGGCACCAUCGAUGACAAGUGCGCCGUCAUGGGCAUACUCCAGGCACUGGAAUACUUGUUGAUCAGAGGCUAUGCACCACGCAGAGGGUUUUACAUUGGUCUGGGUCAUGAUGAGGAAGUCAGUGGAUACAAUGGGGCGGUGAACAUGGCUCGUCUCCUGAAGCAGCGUGGCGUGCAGCUUUUGUUCGUGCUGGAUGAGGGCCUGGCUAUACUCGAUGGAGUCAUCAGUGGGCUCGAUGGACCUGCUGCACUAAUUGGAGUAAGUGAGAAGGGCGCCGCCACUGUCAAACUAAGUGUGUCCACAGCCCCUGGUCACUCCUCUAUGCCUCCCAGGGAGACAAGCAUUGGAAUCUUGGCUGCAGCCGUCAAAAGGUUAGAGGACAACCCCAUGCCAAGGUUAUUUGGCCGUGGGCCUGAACGUGCAACCUUUCAACAUCUGGCUCACAAGUUUAGGCUCCCAUUAAAGUUUGUGAUGUCAAAUUUGUGGCUCUUCUCUCCACUUUUGGGCAGAGUACUUGAAAUGAAACCAGAAACUAACGCUUUUGUGAGGACAACUACUGCUGUCACCAUCUUUAAUUCAGGUGUUAAGGUGAAUGUCAUUCCCUCCUAUGCAGAAGCUUAUGUAAAUCUACGAAUCCACUCAGCACACUUAUUACAAGAGGUCCUUGACCUCAUCCAUUUGACGGUGGCAGACCAACGAGUGAAGAUUGACCUCGUUCAAGGAUUUGACCCUCUGCCCGUCAGCUCUGCUGAUGAAAAGUCCUUUGGUUUUCAGAUAAUUAAGAAAACUGUGUUGGACAUGUUUCCAACAGUCACAGUGGCUCCAGGCAUUUGUGUUGGCAACACUGACAGUCGAAACUUCAAAGACCUGACCAGGGAUAUUUAUCGGUUUGCUCCUGUCUGGUUCAAGCCAGGUGAUCCUCAGAGAUUUCAUGGCAUCAAUGAAAGGAUUUCCAAAAAGAACUAUGAGGAGCUUGUUGUAUUUUAUUUUAACUUAAUUCAAAACUUUGACCUUCAGCAGCUUCCAGAGCCCCACAGCUCUGUACACGAACUCUAACAAAUGAAAAGCAAUGGCAACAAGUUUAAGGCAACUUGUGUUGGUCUAACGACCACAAAAAACAUCAUGUUCUUAUUGUUGCGAUGUAUUCUGCCCUCUGAGCCCAAAAUAUAAUACUUGAAAUUA